CCUAAACAGGUCCAUGUCGUCAAUAAACCGUAAAACAAAAUGGCGGAUAAUAAAAGGUAACAGCUUUCGUGAAAUAAGCUAAGAUUUAUUUAUCAUUGUUGUGACUCAAGUUUUACAAUUUGACACUCGGUGAUGGCGAUCAAUAAAUAAAACUGGUUAGAAGUGAACUGAAGACAUUACUUCGUCGCUACCUUCAUACUUGUGAGGAAUAUCCUUUCUUGGGGUAAUUAAGGAACGAAAUGCAUGUGUUGACUGGUGGCAUAAUGGAGUUAUUAGUGUUUACGUUGUUAUUGUUGACGUCACACACUGUAGCAGACGAUAGUGAUAACUUUAUCGUUUGUGACGCAGGUUGUCAAUGUGACAAAGCAGAUUUAGGAAUUGUUCAAUGUACAAACUUGUCAAGCAUCCCUAACUUUACAAACAAGCAGUCAGUACAUACGCUUACAGUAAAACAACAUUCCAUCUCUGCAUUGAAGGAGGGAGAUUUCGAAAACUUUACUAAAUUAGAACAAUUGUAUAUAACUGAUGGACAGCUGAGUACAGUUGCUCCUGGGACGUUCGACGCUGUUAGAGAAACAAUUAAAGUUGUAAAUAUAAGGAGUAACGUUGUGAAUGAGAUUGAAGCGGGCGUGUUUGCUAAUCUGCCAAACAUGGAUAAGAUUGUUCUUAAUUCAAACCACCUGACUACAUUAAAAGCGAAUAGUUUCGUCAACAUGUCGAAACUAACGACUCUUAAUAUAUUACACAAUAGGGUAAAUUCAAUUGAAAAGGGGGCAUUCAAAGGGGUAUCUUCGUUGGAGACCUUGAAUUUGUUUAGUAAUCAUUUAGAAGAAAUCCCACUGGAGCCUUUAACGCCAUUGACAUCACUGAAAAUUCUAUUUUUAACUGACAAUGACAUAAAAUCAAUAUCUGAGGCAGCCAAUGGAUAUCUACCUGUACUGGAAGACAUAUAUUUGGAUAGCAACCCAAUUAGUGAAAUCAAGGUCUUUCCUAACAUUAGCGGCUCUCUUCAAAGAGUGGAACUGGAUUUUACCCAUAUUUCGUCCGCUACAAAAGACACUUGGAAACAUUUAUCUAAAAUUGUGCACCUGAACAUGGCCGGUACAAGGUUCCGUACAGUUACCGCGGGCAUGUUUGACGGUUUGCAAAAUGUUCAACGUCUUCUGUUGAGAGAUAUGCCUCUGUUAACCUCUGUGGGUCCAGAUGCUUUUCGCGGAAUGCCAAAUGUCAUGUCAAUAGACCUAGAUAACUGUAAACAACUACGCACGAUUGAUGAAACGGCGUUCAUGUCCACUCCAAAAGUGACGUCAUUCUUUUUGAAAGGAAGUGGAGUAACGUACAUUCCGAAAAACCUUUUUGAUUGGUCGAAAAUGGAGACAGUGAGUUUAAAACGAAUUCCAAUAAAUUGUGACUGCAAAGUAGAAUGGAUGCUGAACAGUUCUAUAUUUGGAAACAAUACGGUUGUUAAAACCAGUUUUGCCCAGUUGGUUUGUUCUACACCGAAAGUUCAUUUUGGACGAAACGUCACUACGUUGCACUCGGUGAACCUGACCUGUAAAUCCUUCAAGGACGACCAUGCAUCUAGAUUUGCAACUGGCAUUAUAAUUGCAGUUAUCUGUUUUGUGUUUAUGACGACAGUUUUUCUCGUGACCAAGUAUAGAAAGAGGAUAAUGAUAUCGUGCCGACGAUAUUACCAGUACCGACGAUACAAGAACGACCUUGUGUUCACUGUGGAACACGACACAUCCAUCGCGGAGCUGGAGGAUACCGAUAUACCAGAGGGAAGACCAUUAAAAGAUAUGAGGCUAGAAACUGUGCCUAUUGAAACGUAGAAAGACAAUUAGAGAAACUCUAGGUCAAAAAAUUAAUGACAAUGGGCUGAAUGGUGCAAAAUCUGUGUAGCUUAAAGCAAGGUAACUUGAAUACAAUCAAUUUUUAGGCAAGGAGGGUCACGUGACAAGGUUUUUUGUCUAUGGAGUGGCACGUGAUGUGUAAGCCGCAUGUGAUUGGUUAAUCAUCCUUGUAUACUGCCCGUAUCAUAUUCAGAAAUCCCAGACCAGAGUGUUAUACAAUCAUGUAUGGGUCAAAAAAGUGAAAUUGGCUUGAUUACUAUAUGUGAUUAAAUUCACAUUAUCUUUCACUAACUGGUUUGUCUUUGUAUAAUAUGCCGGUUUAUACAUUUAUCUGCUCACCCGAUGUACAUGUAUAUUGCAUUGAAUGGAUUGUGCGGUUACCACUGUGUGUUGUCACUUCUUUCUCAGGACCAUCUGGGACUUCUAGUUAUGUAUUGUUUUUGAUACCAGCAUGUUAUAAGGGCAAGGUGGUCUGUUUUUUACUUAUUCAGACCUUUUACAUUUUUACUUGGAAAUAACCUGGAUGAUAUGAAGAAAAGAAGAUAUGAAGAUAUAAACAAUUUUAGUGUGACAUUUUUAAAGAUAUUUUCUAAGAUAGGCAUUACAUUGUGCUGUCAAAUAGAUUAAUUUUAAACGUAUGUCUAU